CCUGAAGGGGAUUAACUACCUCUUGUGGACCAGGAUGGUGAAGAUUGCCCUUGGAGGAAAGGGUUUGUGGAGUCAUGUCUCAGCAGAAGCAGCUCCAAAACAAACCACCCAAGGAGAAGAUGGACAGGAGAUUGUGGUAGCUACUGAUGAAGACAAAUGGGCUCAGGAAGAUCUCAUGGUUCUCACGGUGCUCCUUAGCUCCCUAGAACCCGCCAUCAUGGAGUCUUACUCCUACUGUGAAACUACCAAGCAGCUGUGGGAUACACUCUACAAAGUGUAUGGAAAUACCUCCAACCUUACAAAGGUCUUUGAAGUAAAAAGAGCUAUCAAUACCCUCAACCAAGGAGAUAUGGAGUUCCAGCCUCACUUUGGCAAGUUCCGGUCUCUUUGGGCAGAGAUGGAACUACUCAGACCACAUACUACCGACCCCGCCACUCUCUUAACCAGGCGUGAAGAGGAUAGAGUGUUUGGACUACUGCUCACGCUUAAUCCAUCUUAUGGGAGCUUAAUCAAGCACAUCCUGAGAGCUGACAAGUUACCUGACCUGGAUGAAGUAUGCGCUCAAAUUCAGAAGGAAGAAGGCUCUGUGGGCUUAUUUGGAGGCAAGGGAGACUUAAACAUGGCACAUCAAGCUGAACGAGCCGUGUCAAACAAGGCAGCUUACAAGCUAGAUGAGAAGAAAAACUUGACCUGCGAUCACUGCAAGAAGAAGGGCCACAUGAAGGACAAAUGCUGGAUACUACAUCCGCACCUCAAGCCCAACAAAUUUAGGGACAACCGCCCUCAAUACCAAGAUGCAAGAGCCAACUUCUCAACUGAUGGUGCUGAGCCAACAACACCAAUCACCAUGGGUAUAAGCAACCUAGGUGUGGGAAGAGCUACUGCCUCCACAUCAGGCUAUGCCACGCCAAGAGCCAAUCUAGAUGAGACCAUCAAGAAGUCUGACUUAACCGCUCUCAUCAAGGCUCUCAAGGAAUCUGGAUAUUGAUUCUAGUAAGUUGCUUGGCAAAGGUGUUACCAAGGGAGACUUGUACUUACUUGAGGACACAAGACCUGUAUCUCAAUUAUCGUGUGUGUUUCAUUCUGUUUCUGAAUUCCCUAAAGAUGAAAUCUGGCAUGCUAGACUAGGACAUCCCCAUUCUCAUGCCUUGAACAUCCUGUUGCCUAGUAUUUCUUUUAAAAAUGAGUGUGAAGCGUGUAUAUUAGGAAAACAUUGCAGAACUGUGUUUCCUAAAUCAAAAACCCAAUAUGAAAACUGCUUUGAUUUGAUUCACUCUGAUGUGUGGACUGCUCCAUGUGUAUCUAGAGAACAACAUAAAUAUUUUGUGACAUUCAUUGAUGAAAAAUCUAAAUACACAUGGAUCACUUUGUUGCAAUCUAAGGAUAGGGUGCUAGAAGCAUUUAAAAAUUUUCAGAACUAUAUUACUAACCAUUUCAAUGUUAAGAUUAAAAUUCUUAGAUCAGAUAAUGGUGGUGAAUAUACUAGCACAGCCUUCAAA